AUGGAGGAUCACAAUACUGGUACAUUUACCUCGAAAAAAUACUAUGACAUUGAUGGCUACUAUAGACGUAAGUUGGAAAAGGAGAUGAAAAAGGGUAUGAAGAAAGCUGGGCAUAGUGAACGUACUGUGUUCAAUGACGAGGAACAGCGCAGGCUAGAGAUGCAGGAAGCACGCGAAAAGCAGAAGGAAGAAGAAGUGUUGGCUCUAAAGCGAUCAAUGGAAGGCGGAAUGGCUCAAGCUAUGAAAGAGCAAGCUCGACUAAAGGAAGAAAUGGUGUACUUGUACAAGAUUGGGGACAUGGAGGGUGCAGCUGCUAUUCAGAGGAGGUUGGAUCCAGAUAUUCCCAUGUGA